AUGGCUUGUAGAAGUGAGCUUCUGGCCUCACCCUUCACAGGUGAGCCGUCCGCCUCGUGUCGCUACUGCCCCCCGUUCCUCCUGGCCUUCCUCCGCCGCAGCCGCGCGGCCGCGGGGCACGUCUUGGCCGACGCGGAGUACGAUACCCUGGCGGAGCUGUUGGUGUCGGAGCCGGGGAACGGAAACCAGGAACCAUCUGAAGCUGCAGAAAAGAAACUGGAGCAGUUCGUGUCCGGCUACUUUGCAGCUCGCGACGAAGGUAUCCUCCGCAAGGGCAUGUGGCCCUAUGCAGGAGGCUGCACCCUCCAUUGGCUGUUCUUGACCGAAGAGUUUCCCAAGACGGCAGCCGCCGCUGGUAUCAAACGGCUCCAGGUCUCUCCAGGUUUACUGCUACGCCUCACUGGAGAGAAGGUGGAGAUCGAUGACUGCGUGUGGAUGGAGCUGGAUCCUGUGUGGAGUCCUGGAGUGCCCGAGCUGCUGCUGAAGCCUGGCUGGGUCUUGGCCAUCGGAUCGUCUCCUCAAGGCGGUCGUGUGGAAACAUGGGUGGAGUGGGGCUUAGAGUUCCCUGUGGUGGAGCAUGUGAAGGGCGUUUUGGACAAGUCCGAGUGA